CCUAGGGAAGGUUUGUGUCCUUGGAGGAACAUGGCCUUCUGUGGCUGGAAGUGGCUCCUUCUUUUGGGGAGGCAGAACACCCUUUCCAAGGUCUGGAGAAGCAGGAGGGGAGGCCCCUCGGUGCGCUGGAAGCGCUGUUGCCAUUGGAGUGCGGGCAAGUCUCUGGACCCCGAGGUGAGAGCGUUUCUGGAGGAGAACACCGAGGUCACCAACAGCGGGCACCUCACACCAGAGAUCCGGCUGCGCCUCCUCACCCCUCGCUGCAGGUUCUGGAGAGAAAAACCUGACCUGUGGCCUUACGGGGACCCCUUCUGGGCWAUUUACUGGCCAGGAGGCCAAGCCCUCUCCAGGUAUAUUUUAGAUAAUCCACGUGUUGUUAAAGGGCGAUCAGUUCUGGAUCUUGGAAGUGGAUGUGGAGCAACAGCAAUAGCUGCUGUCAUGAGUGGUGCAUCCCAAGUCCUUGCCAAUGACAUUGACCCUAUUGCAGGAAUGGCAAUGAUUUUGAACUGUGAACUGAACCACCUGAAUCCCUUCCCCAUCACCAUUAAGAACAUCAUUAAUUCAGAGGCUGGCAACUGGGACCUCAUAGUUCUAGGAGAUAUGUUUUAUGAUGAACAGCUUGCUGAUAGACUGCAUCGCUGGCUGCAGAAGUGCAUCAGGAUACACCAGACUCAAGUGCURAUUGGUGACCCUGGCAGGCAUCAGUUUUUAAGCCACAGCAUUCACAGUCAGCUGCACAAAGUUAUAGAAUAUUCACUUCCUGAGCACACAAGGCAAGAGAACUAYGGGCUGACAUCGAGUAUUGUCUGGAGCUACCAGCCCUCAGACACCUUAGAAGACUCUUGAAACUGGCUUUCUAUGGGAUUCUGUCUCACUUGGUUGGCUUUUUGCAAGUAUUUAAAAUGAAAAUAGGAAUUAAACAGGGAACAUUAUCUGUUAAUGUAAAGAAGAUUACUGUACCUUCACUGAACUGAUUUCAGUCAUACUCAAUGAGGCUUUUGCUCAGUUUGAGGUAAAAGCUACAUGCAAACUGUAUUCAAARGGGCCUGCACUGAAGUGCAGAUCUACAGACAACUUACAUGUAGGAGUCUGCAUGCUUGAUGUUUCCAUGUAUAUUUGUGUCUUGCUGACAUUACUGUGAAAUGUUUUGGGUGCCCAGAAUACUGCUGUGGCUAAAAGACUACUGUGCUGCUUCUACAGGUUUUUGCAGCUUAUUUACAGAGAAAAUUAUUGUGGUCCUUCAUCAAAUUUCCAUUAUAUUAGCUCAUAAUAUGCUCAACUUAAAGUGCCUUGUUCUUUUUCUCAGUAUCUCUUCUGAAUGUCAAAGUAACCCUUUUCCUCUAAUAAAAAUUUCCUCCUCCUUGAAGCUGCCAGAGUGAUUAUGUAGGAGUUGCACACAAAUCUAAAUUCUGCUUCUUAACUGCCAGCCAGCCUAAAAGUUAUAAUAAAGGAAAAGUGAAUAAAUAGUACCAGCUAUGGGCUAACUUCAUCCCCUCAAAAAUGGGGUCAAAUUAUCUACAUUCCUUACUUUGCAAGGAUAAAACAGGCAAUCUAUCACCUUGGGAAGCUGCUGAGAGGUGAAGUAAUCUUUACUGCUGUGACAAACAGAAGGUAACUAAAUAAAAACAGAAUAAAAGUCUGAUAUAAUUAUUUGUCUCUUGUAUUGAGGAGAUGCUGGACAAACUCCAGAAUAAUUCUCAGUUUUAUCUGCCAACUAAGAACUAGUUUCAUCUGCCAAGCAGGAUCAAAAACAAAAAAGCUGAUCCUCAGGCAAGAUGCUGUAACUAUGGCCAUUUGAAGAAGAAACUGAUGUUUUUCAACCCAGUCUUACAGGAACUAUCAACUUUAGCAAUCAAUUGAACAAGCAGUGAUGGGGAACUAAUAACUUCACUGUAGAACACAAUUUUAUCUACAUUGCAUCUACAACUAUCCCAAUACUAGAUGUUGUGGUAAAAGUUUAAACAUAUGAAAAGGUUUGUCGUACUCACUCAGACAACCAGGGUAUUAAUGAAGCAGGAGAUUUAGGAGCACAGUCAGAUGUAUGUGGUUCUAUAAUCCUACAAGUUUUCAGAACUAUCCAAACAGCCAACUUCCAAACUUUAAUCUUGAGAACAAUAUGUGAAUAUUCUGUAAGGCUCAACCAUAAAUAUCCAAACAAUACAGAAUACAAAGUGGCAAGCACAUAUAUGAGGUUCUUCUCCCACUUCACCCAGUGCCUGUAAACAUUUGUUGAAAAUUAACCUGAAUCAAAACCAUUCCAGUAGAGUUAUGCUAGUWUAAACACAGAUCAAGGCAGACUCAAGCUCCAAUGGUGAAGCAU